UAUAUAGACCAAAUAAUAUUCAAGAGUGAUUUGUUCGGUACAGACAACUUCAACGAUGGGAUCGUCGUCGGUUCAGAAAUCGGCUUUACUGCUAUGCGGAGACUACAUGGAAGCCUACGAGACGCUCGUUCCUCUCUACAUCCUCCAAUCGUUCGGCGUCAGCGUCCACUGCGUUUCCCCCAACCGCAACUCCGGCGAUCGCUGCGUUAUGGCUGCCCACGAUUUCACGGGCCUGGAGCUAUACACGGAGCUAGUCGUUGACCAGCUGACUUUAACCGCCAGCUUCGAUGACGUCACGCCCGAUAACUACGACGCCAUCAUCAUCCCCGGGGGACGGUUCACGGAGAUUCUCAGCGCCGACGAGAGGUGCGUCGACCUCGUUGCUCGGUUCGCCGAGCUCAAGAAGCUGAUCUUCACCAGCUGCCAUAGCCAGGUCAUGCUGAUGGCCGCCGGAGCUCUCGCCGGAGGUGUGAAGUGCACGGCGUUCGAGAGCAUGAAGCCUCUGAUCGAAUUCUCCGGCGGCGAGUGGUGGCAGCAGCCUGGGAUACAGAGCAUGUUCGAGAUCACGGACUGCGUCAAGGACGGGAAUGUCGUGAGUACGGUUGGAUGGCCGACGCUUGGUCACGGGGUUAGGGUUUUGCUGGAGUCUCUUGGGGGGCAAGUCUCGAGCUUGAAGGAGAAUCAAGCUUCUGUGCUUUUCCUCAUUGGGGACUAUGUAGAGGACUAUGGGAUCAAUGUACCAUUUAGAGCACUACAAGCUUUAGGAUGUAAAGUGGAUGCAGUGACACCGAACAAGAAGAAGGGAGAGAUGUGUGCAACAUUAGUUUAUGACCUUGAGGAGGCAAGGCAGCUUCCUGCAGAGAAGCGAGGGCACAACUUCCUUGUGACUGCGUGUUGGGACGAUGUAUGCGUUGAUGACUAUGACUGUGUAGUGGUUCCAGGAGGGAGAUCACCUGAGCUACUAGUGAUGAAUCCAAAGGCUGUUGCUUUGGUCAAGAAGUUUGAUGAGAAAGAUAAGGUCUUUGCAGCUAUUGGACAGGGUAAAUUGCUGCUUGCAGCCACCGGUGUACUUAAGGGGAAGCGAUGCGCUAGUGGAAAAGGGAUGAAGGUCAUGGUAAAAGUGGCUGGAGGUGAAGCUGUUGUGUCAAAGGGAUGUGUGACUGACGGAAAGCUUGUGACGGCUGCAUCAGCCUCAGAUCUGCCAGCGUUUUUGUUUGGUUUAUCAACUGCUCUUGGUGUCUCUGUCAUGUUCUAAGAUUAUUCAAGAAGGAAACAUAAAAGAUAGUUUGGAUAAUAAAAACAUAACUUACAAGCUAAGCGCGUUUGGUUCCGCACACAUGGUCACAGCUGUACUUGCUAGUAAGAAUCUUCAUGUUAAUCCUCUUAUAGCAAUGCACUAGUAUUCUCAAAUAA